AUGGGACGGCGAUCGCUUAUGAGAGAACACGGGGCAGAGGCUCAGCCAAUGGGGGCGAGGCUUAUCUCUGCGCGCGCACUUUGCGGAAGUACAGGACAACAGAGCACCGCGGAACAGAAGCAUGGAGCAGGUCACUCUCUCCGCAGCUGCAGGAGGCGGAAAGAGGCGGGAUCUGAUACGAGGGCGGAACGGUUGGUGGAGAGCGGAGACGCUGUAGUGUCAGCAAGUCGUAAAUCUUACUAA